AUGAAAACCUCGAGAUACACCUUGAAGGAUUUUUAUUCACAACAAUACAGACAUUCUUCUCAGUCUACCUCCUCAAAGCCUGUCUACUCGAUCAACUCGAUUAACCACGAUGACCUUCUAGGCUACCAAACCGCCGAAGAAAGUGCAGACCUCAAAGAAGGAAUCGACCACUGCGAAUCUACAAAAGGCACCGUCCAAGAUGACCUUCAUGAAGCUCAACUCGUAGCUGAGGAAGAACGUGGCACUACGUUUCUUAAAUCGGUCAAACAGCAUCGAGCUGCCGUUGCUUGGUCCGUCCUCCUCUCGACUGCAAUCAUCAUGGAGGGAUAUGACAUGAAACUCUUGGAUCCCUCAAUGCCCAGCCAGCUUUUACGAAGCGCUGGGUUGUCCAAUGGUGCCUCGUUUGGAUCUCUUAUUGGGCUGUACUUGAACGGCCAUGUCUCAGAGCGUCUGGGUUUCCAGAAGGCGUUGCUACUCUCUCUUUCUCUUAUGACAGCAGCUGUUUUCAUUCCAUUCUUUGCCCCCAGUGUCGAGGUCCUCUUGGUUGGACAGAUAUGCCAGGGUAUUCAUUGGGGUGUCUUUAAGACUUUGACGACGGCUUAUGCUGCCGAGGUCUGCCCUGUUCACCUUCGUGGGUAUCUCACAACCUAUGUGAAUGUAUGCUGGGUCAUCGGACAGUUUCUUUCUGUUGGAGUGUUACGCGCAAUGGCCGAUCGAACCGACGAUGUGCUGAUUCUGUAUGCCCUUGUUUAUAACGUCACUGUUGGCCCUAUUUGUUAUGCUCUUAUGUCGAAGGUUCCUGCGUCCAAGCUUCGAAGCAAGACAGUUAUUCUAGUAGGAAUGACGUACAACAUUCUCAACAUUCUCAACAUUCUCAACAUUCUCAACAUUCUCAACAUUAUCAGCAAUGUCAUCACACCUUACAUGCUCAACCCAGGUGCUUGGGCUUAG